UGACAGGACUAGGCAGAGAUGUUGUCUGCAGUUCGGGCCUACCUGCUGCCAAUUAUCAGACUUUACCUGCUUGGCUUGAAGGUACUGGUGGUUCAGCUGUUCAGCGGACCUUUCAGGUUGCCAGUGAUGCCCAGACAAGAUGGCAAGGUUGCCAUAGUGACAGGAGGAGGCAGGGGAAUCGGCUAUGAGGUAGUCCGCCACAUGGCCAGACUGGGGGCGCAUGUUAUCAUAGGUGGGAGGGAUGAGCAGGAGGGUCUCGCAGCCGUCAGAAGGAUCCGUGAGGAGCACAAAGAGGCCAAAGUGGAGUUCACAAAACUGGACCUAGCCUCCUCGCAGUCUGUCCGUCAGUUUGUCCAGAGCUUCAAGGAGCGGGAUCUGCCGCUGCACAUCCUGGUCAAUAAUGCGGGUGUCAUGCUGGUUCCUGAGAGCCGUACUGAGGAUGGAUUUGAGCAGCACUUUGGCGUGAACUACCUAGGCCACUUCCUGUUGACCUGGCUCCUCCUGGACACGCUGAAGGAUUCUGGGAAAUGCGGUCGCUUCUCCCGUGUGGUCAGCGUCUCCUCCUCUGCCCACCGCGUCGGCGAGAUCAGACUAAAUGACCUAAAUAGCUGCCAUUGUUAUUCCGCCCAUGCAGCUUAUUGUCACAGUAAGCUGGCACAGCUGUUAUUUAGUUCCCACCUCCACCAGGAGCUGCAACGUAGAGGUUACCCACUGAGUUCAUGUGCUGUGGAUCCUGGCAUGGUUAAUACUGCUCUCUAUCACCACCUCUGGACGCCUCUCCUCUUGGCACAGAGCGCCAUUGCUCGCCUGCUUUUCAGGACACCUGCAGAGGGCGCUGCCACUGUGCUGUACGCCGCUCUGUCACCGGCCCUGGAGGGGGAGUGUGGAGGAGGCUACUGGGCCAAUGGGCACAGGGAGAUGACAACACCACCGACCUUUGACCUGCAGCUGCAGCGGCGCCUUUGGGAAACCAGCGUACGUUUGCUGAACCUGCAGUAGCGCGGGACUUAAGGACGACUAACUGGACUAAACCUCGAAGUAACCACUCGGGCCACCCAGCCACCUUCCCCUUCUCCCUUUUUCCCCAGUAUCUUUUCUCCGUCCAUACCUCACAUCGAGGUGUCUGUAGCGAUUUAUGUUGACAAUCUCACAAUCCGCUGCUGGCUAUUUGGAGCGCGAAUACUUCCUUUUUGUUCCAGACCUGCCAAAGAAGGGCUACAGGGAAUGCACAACAUUUUUUCGUUAUUCACUUUGAGCAAGCAAACAAAUAUACACACACACAUGAUUCUGCUGUCACAGACACUGCUGACAUCGGCCUUUAGUUAUAAACAGAUAUCAGUUGUCAUCCAUCUCUGAUAUGAUGAAGUUUAAUUCCCGAUCGUAGCUAACCUCAGAUAUCGUUCCACAGUGUCCAAAAACCUGCAGCGACAUCGGCCUCACUCUGCCUUAAUGUCUUUAGUCUGGCUUUGAGUGAAGGCCUUCUUUGUCCCGCAGUGAACUAAAUGCUGUUUCAGAGGCUUUCCCAUCCUAAAAAUAACAAUCUAAGCAAACAUUGAAAGGCUGUUUGGUUAUAGAAAUACUUCAAUAUAAAAAACAGAAUUUUGGUGCAGUAUACUGGCUUCAGUAUCGCCUGUCGGUCAAGGCUUAGCUCACACAAACAUUCAUGCACCAUGACAAUGAUGUGAUUUUUCAAUCCACCUCGCUGCGGCAGGAGCUGUGAUGUCAUCAGCUUGCUUUGACACAUCACGAUGAUUUCUCAGCUCGACUUGCCGUCGCGCUCGUUUGACUGGGAGAACUUUAGUUUUUUUAUUUUUUUGGUACAUUCGUGUGCUUUUACUGAUUACUACUGAAUCCUCAUGUUAACUGCUGGUUGGUGUGUGAGAGGGUGUCCUUUUCCUGCUGUGCUCGUGAAGAUGCUGGGAAAACAUCAACUCCUCUUUCCUCCCUCUCUCCACCGCUCAGCAAUCCAACAAAAGACGUUCCUUGGGACUGAUCGGGGGAUUUGGGGAGACGCUGACAAAAGGAAGCUAUCCCAUGUGCAAGUAGGCCUGAAUUUGGAAUAAUUCCCCCUGUAGACCUGAGGGUGGUGAGGCAUUCGGUUUUGUUCUGGGGAAUUUUCUUUGCUGUUGUCGUUUUCUGAGGCCAGGAUUUCCAGACGUUUCUGUUUGCUUUUGUCUGCUCGGAAACAAAAAGGGAAGGGAUGGGGAACCAACCGCCACUUCACUCUGUCCCCGUUUUCGUUUGUGAUCCGUGUUAAUCGGUUUUACCGUGUCUGUGAUACAUGUGUGUGUGUUUUUAUGAGUUAAGCGUUAACUCAUGCUACAGACCCAACUCACGUUGAUGGACAGCACAACAAUGGCCCCCCCUGGAGGAACGGCAACGGGAGGAAGAGAUAGAGCGAACGCACUUUAUUUCUUCCAGUACUCGAGCUCUGAUUGGUUCCUCAGUGCUGCUGCUGCUGCUGCUGCUUCCUCGUUUGGCGCAGCUCCCAGUGCAUUGUGGGAUUGAGAUUUCCCAGUGGUGAGAAUCAAACUCCAUCUGCUGAGCUGACACACACACACACACACACACACACUCAGAAACAGUGGAAGCAGUACAUCCAGGCACAGGCUUAUCUAAACAAGCACACAGCAAACAAACAUGUCUGUUACUCAUGCAGGAAUAUACUCACAUACACACACACACACACACACACCGCCAUAAUGCCAUCUCCACUGUGAUAAACCAUUCUAGCUGUGAAGAUGAAAAGUUUUAUCUCAAAUUAAAACAAGUUUUGGCUAAAAAUCCUUCCCUACAUGCCUUCCCAUGGCUGCACGUGUGCAUUGUUGCUUUGAAUACUGCCACUGAGCAUCCAGCAUUCGUUAUUAUCUGCCGUAUGUGAAGCAAUAGUAUCACUGUGGUAGCUAAUUCAGCCGGAGCCAGACAUUCAGAGUAGGGAAAGAAGGUGAACAAAUGAAAAAAGAUACCAGAUUCAAGUUACCCGUAUAUCAGGAAUUCAAAAUGUCAGUAUGUAUAAAAACAUUUAAUGAAGACAGUGACUUGAAUAGUUAAAUUGUAAAAAUUCCACAUUUUCCAAGCAGUUUGAAAAUGUGUCGCAAAUUAGGGGCUCAAUCCUCUGAAGGAUGCGAACCGCAAAAGGUCUGGCUGAACCCCCUAAAUCCCCUAAAUGAGACAAGGGUUUAGACUCACAGAGGCAAAACUAUUGGUGUGUUCGGGCGCUCCUUGUCAGCUCGUAAAGUCGAAAAUGUUGCCAUGUUGCAACCAAAUGGCCAACAUAACUUAGUUAGAGUACGAGAUGUAUUAUGUUUAACGUCAACACGACACCAGGCAGAUAGUGGUCCAGGUUAUGGGUAAAUGCAUCCACAUUACUUCCAUUUAUUUGUAAUGCCCUGUGAUUAACGUGUCCAUGCUGCAAAUAGUGGAGUUUAUGCCUGGCUUCCAUUAUUUACAACCUGUUGUGUGUGAUAUGAUUAGCAGUGAUAGAUCACCCUAACAGAAGUGAUAUGACGUGAUCACCUGAAUUUAUGAGUUAACAGAGAUUGCCCGAACGCUCCAUCAACUAGCCGAUCAACACAUAAUGGAUUGUUGAAUCUUUAGGUCCAAAUGUGUCCUCCAGAUUUAGGCCUUUUGUGGAGGAGCCUUUGAAAUGGGACAGGCAUUGCUGGUUCACUCCAGAAGGUCCAUCUUUCGAUGAAUGCUGCAUUCAUGUCGUGUGGUGGUCGAGAUGGAGAAGAUUCCCAUGCUCACAUCACCUGAAACACAAGACGGUUGGUCCAAUGAGAGUUAAAAAUACUGUAAAUAAAUGACAAUAUAACAGUACAUCCAUUUGGGUUUAAUUAACCUUAAAUAACCUUGGCUGAUGCAAGGCUUCCAUGUUUGUCACAUGCUUCCGUAUUAUUUAGCUUUUUUUUGGACAUCAAAGUGUAGAGAAAACCUUCAUAAUUAUUGGAUUACUCCGAUGUUGAUGCGAACCACUUUUGCAAGCUGGAACCUGACAAUUAGGAAGACUCCUAUAGGACAUGAAGAUGACAUAACUCCAGGAAAACACAUCGCACCUCGACCUGAUUGGCUGGCAUUGUAGUGUAACUUAAAUCUGUCCAAUCAGGCCUGUUCUCAGUGUUUGAAAAGAUCCACCAGCAGGUUUUACCUCGUUUGAAUGAGAGUAGCUGAUUCCAGUCGGCCAAUCAGGGUUUGGUGUGUUGAGAACUACUCAGAUUUGACGUUUAUUAGUAUUAUUAUCAUGACAAUUAUUUUGUGAAAUAUCACAAUCCAAAACAUAGUGGAGGAAGGAAAAAUUAAGUUAAAUUCAUGUUUAAAACUCUAAUUCAAAGCAAGAGGUUUGG